AUGAAUCGCUUCGGUGAUAUUGAUACUUCAUUUAAAAGAUUGCCACCUGUUUAUGGCUUUCAUGCUGAGAAACUUGUUACAAUUGAAAAGGCAUUAGAACCUAUUGAACCUCAAAUUGAUGAACUGCCACGUUUUGUAAAGAUAGCUAAACGCAACUGUCAUUUUCCGUCAGAACAUGGAUUAUCACGUGAUCAAUCAGCUGCCAUUUAUAUCUAUACCAUGGAAUGGGGCGAAACUACUUUAUAUCGUGUAUUAAAUAAAGCCUUACGGUCUGAAAAUCGACAAGCAUUAAAGAUAUGGUUUCCAUAUUUGAAACUGUUUGAUACAGCAUUGGAUAAAUUACCUACUGUUAAAGAAUUACUAUGGAGGGGUGUACCUCUUGAUAUUGGAAAGAACUUCACCAGAAACCAAAUUGUGACAUGGUGGAGUGUUAAUUCAAGUUCAUUAUCACCCAAAGUUAUUCAAAAUUUCCUUGGCAACGGUAAAAAUGCCACUCUUUUCUUAAUUGAAGCUAUUAAUGGCAAAAAGAUUUCUGGUUAUACAGAAUAUGAAGGAGAAGAGGAAGUUAUUUUGCGAAUUGGCUCGCAGUUUCGUGUAAAAGGCGAUGUUUUAACGCAAUCGAAUGGCUCACAUCUAGUGAAUUUAGUUCAACUUGAAGAUAAUGAUGAUGAUGAACCAUUAGCAUCAGCUAUGAAUAACAUGCAAGUUGCUGCAAAAUCAUCCAGUGGAAGUAUUUCUGUGGCAUAUGUUGCACAUUUGUUAUAA